AUGACGGUCCCCAGCAUCGGGGACAUCUUGUUGCUGUCCCAGACAGCCUGGAAGGUAGGGCGUGCCUUCACUGCGGGCCGGACCCACGCACCCGUCGAGUUCCAGGACGUCGAGCUUGAGAUCAAUGCCCUCGCCAAAGCCCUGAAGCUGCUCGCCGAGGCUUUCUUCGCCGACUCCGACGACAGCCUGCUGAAGCAAGCAGAUGCCAGGACCCAGCAUGGACUGGCCACCAUCGUCAAUUCGUGUUCGCGAGCAGUCCACGAUCUGGAGUCUCUGCUGGACCAGUACCAGGUCGUCAAGAAAACUCGCAACUCGGGCGGAUUUGCCGUCGAGAGAUCAUGGAGCGACAUGGUACUUACCCAAUACAAGACAAUGAUGUGGACCACAGACGGUGGUAACCUACAGAAUCUGCGAUAUCUUCUCCAAAUGCACGCAAAUACCAUCACCCUCACCAUGCGUGCAUUGCAGAGCAAAUCAAUAACCCAACUUGAAAGCGUCGUCAACCCGAUUGCUGAGCAAGUGGACAGUAUUCAGCACCGAACACGUACCCUCAGCCAGCAACUAGAUGAAGCCAAUCGCAUCGUCAAAGAUAUUGCGAGUCGGUCGCACUUUCCACCAACGCCGAAUACCAUGGCCAGCUCGCCAGGCACCGUGCCACUCCAACCAUCCCAGAUUUCCCAAGAUCGCUAUUCAGCGACAGACUUCUUCCCUACACGGCAGAGCUCAAAGAUCAGCCGUCCGCAAUCUCCACCGCCCUCUUUUGGUUCCCCAGAGCUAUCCGCACCUUCCUCGCCGCCUAGAUCUACGCUACCUUCACCACAGGCGACUCGCAAGCGCAUCUCAGAGUUCAGUGUCGGUGGACCUGGGUCACGGUAUUCUGGUAGUGUAGCGUCUUCAGAAGAAGAUUUCAGCCACGAAUCCAAGACACCACUCCGAUAUGCUUAUUUGUCACGGCAACCUUCCACGAAAGCACCCAGCUUCGCCAAAUCGGUAGCAAAUCGAGAGGCGCGCUCCAGACCAGACUCUGGGGUGCUCUCGCCAAUGCUCCCACCACCUGCUAUGACACUUCCCCCUCUGCCUGAUACCGAUGCUGGUGCUGAAACUGCCUCUUUGAUGUCAGGGCUAAGCCUCGGUCAACAAACCCAGUCUGCACGAUCAGAAAUCAAGCAAUUGCAUCGAAGCUCCAUGACAUUGGUUCAGAAAGAACAAUUCGAGAAAGUGGCGUUCCGGAACGCGGCUAUUCUAUGCGACGUCCGCGGCACCACUGUCGAAUAUGCGCAGAAAGUGUCGGCUGACGAGGGAUCCCAUGAUGUCGAAAUGGUGGAGGCUUGCCUGGAGUGUCGCAUAGCGGUGGUGCGCAAGCGCGAGGCGAUGGCAGACGCAAAACACGACAUCCGCAUGAUGACUUCAAUAUGGGUGUUCAGCGAUGACAACACCGUUAGGCUAGAGCUCAAGAUGGUGGACGGCGAGAUGUACGUCCCGUACUCGAGCUAUUUCAGUCCCGAGAAGGUCUCCGUCACCGUACCAUGCGAGCUCAAAUUCCACGAUGUGAAGUACGGGCAGCGUGUGCUUCGGACCGCGAAGACAACAUGGAUCAACUACAUUUUCGAGUCCGCACAUAGCGCCGCACUUUUCCAGAACGAACUCAUGGGCCGCACUCUCCUCGCUACAUACCGCACCUCCAAAACCCUGCGUAUCCACGAAGGUCUCUCCGGCGCUUUCUCCUACGCCGAGCAAAUGUGCGGCAUGGAGAACCUGCGCAUUUGGGAGGACAACGACACCCUCGCCGUCAUUGCUCUUAUCCACUUCAGUCCGCAGUUCCGCAACGGCUACUUGGCAUUCUAUCUCAAUUCCGCCAACACGCCUAUCCGUGUCAAAGACGAUGGCGGUCGCGAAGUGAAGGUGAAAGGGCUGCGGGUGCCGUUGGAGGGCAAGGGCAAUGGCAGGAAAGAUAGCGUCAUCGCGGAGGGAAAGAGCAGGGGUGAGGGUGUUGAUAAGAAGAAGAUGGUAACUGGUGCACGGAUCGAGUUCGCGAGCGAGGCAGAGAAGAGGGAUUUUCUAGGAUUGGUAUGGGAAGUGCAGAAGGAGAUGAGGGAUUUGCCAGGGCUGGCGGGUGUGAAUUAG